UUUUGAUUGAUUAAUCCAAUUAAUUACGAAAAUGGGCAGCAAAUUAUGUUGGAGUAACCAAGAUUUAGGAAAUCGCAGGAAUACAGAGACAUCUAUAUCCUACAGAGGUAGCGAACUCAUUGUUAUUCCUUGAAAGGAAAAUAAUUGUGGCCAAACUAUCAUUAUGUCUCAAAAUAGCAACUCUGAAUCAUUUGCAAAACACAAUUGAUAUUACCAAGAGAAGCCAGCUGAAAAUUAUUCAAUCAGACAAAUGAGUAACAAAUUCAGCUCGACUAUACUUAAAUCUGAGAACUCAACCUCUUACGAGAAGAAGAAGCUCCUAAUAACUGCUGAUACCAGAGCUUCUCACACAAAAAGACUAUUUUCGAGCAUAAACAGUGAAAAUAAUAUGUAGUCUCAUUUAAACUUUCUUCAUAAACAUUUUAAGCCUGUAA